AAAUCCGAUCUUCGGUCGAGUGCGGUUGGUUGGCGCGCGUUGGAAAGGCUGUUUCUUGCGUUUUUCGAGUGUUUUGUUGGCAGUUUUUCAAGGAUAAGACAGUGCGAUCUCGCGAGUGAUACCGCGUCCUUUCGGCGGUUUCGUUGAAUAUUUUGUGCAGUGGAAUCUGGUGGAAAAAGUGGCGUUGAUUGAUGGAUGCGACUUACGGUAGAAAGCAUUCGAUCAACAACAACGACAACAACAUCAGCGGCCAGAAAGCCGGUGCUGGCGAAGGCGACGACGACUCGGUCGUCGGGAAUAGUAAUGCAAAUAACCCCGCCACCGUCGCAACCGGAGAAACUUGUGCUGCUGCAGUAAGAAGAAAUCCGUCAAUUUUGCUGGCGCUGGAUUCUGUGCAUCGGUCGCUUUUGCUGAAGAAUUUGCAGUUCGAUCGAGAACCCAUCAGCGAGGAUGCUGCAAGCGAUAGCAUCGUGAGUGGUGUAGUCGGCGGUUAUCAUUCGGAAGUGGAAGAUCCACUUGAAACGCGGAAAUCAUCGGAAGUGGUGAAGUGCUAUUCGGAACAACACAUUACAGAACAUUACUUCCCAAAACAGCGACCGCCGGAACACUACUAUUCAGAUGAGGUCGAUAGCGGGGGAAUUUUGGAUCUGGUAAAACAUUGUCGCGACAGCAAUAAUAACGAGACCAGUAAGGUCAUGAUGAUGGUGGCCAAGUACGAGUUGGGGCGGGCCGGCGGGAAAAUGGCGGUGGAUGAAACAGAAACAAGUGAUUUCGAUACGGCCAGUAUGAGUAGCAGUAGUUUGGGAAGCGUGCGCAGUAGUUCCGCGUUCAGUGAGGUUAGUCGAGAUGUUGGAAGUGUGGGAAGCUAUGAGAGUGAGGGGGUGAGACCAAAUGUGAUAGGAACGGGGGAGAGUCACGUGGUGACGGCAGGAGCUGCAACAAUUACUAUUAAUAUUAUUAAUAAGACUGCGGAGGAUUGUGAUACGAGACCGUUGAAAACGGGACCGGAAAUGAAGGCUGUGCAUGUGCAAGUUCCGGAAUGUGAGAGCGAAUCAGAACGGGGAUUUGAAUCUAGGGACGAGGGAGAAUUGAGUGAGUUUGAAGUGGAAGAGCUGCAUAUGGAAGAAAAUCUGAAUGAUGGUUUCGUUGCUUCGGAACUACAAAACGAUCCGAGUCUUUAUGAGAGUGCUUUGUUUCAUACCGCGGAGAGUCAAGAAUUCCUGGACUGUAAAGGUAGCUUGGAUUCGUCCAAUUGUGAGUACGAUGAGAGCUCGGAAGAAACGGAGCAGAGUGAAGCUGUUGAAUGCGACCAUCCCGAAAAGAAUGCUAUGCACCAGGAAGUGAUCGACGAUGAGAAUGAACCGAUGAUCAACAUCAUCCAGGAAAUGACCCGCGAUAUGCAAGUCACUUCUACAGUAAUUCUCAAUAAAGCCAAAAUAAAAGAUCUACGCAAAUCUCGGUCAGCGGAGAAGGAGAAGCGGCAAAAAUCCGAGAAGAAGAAAUUGGAAAAUUCCCAUCUCAGUCGGCAGAAAAUAAUUGAUGAUAAUUUUUGCAACGAAAUCCUCGAUUCGACACAUCAAUUUGAUCGCCUGUACGGUAUUAACCGUAAGACCUCAAAAGAAUCACCAAUUGAAGUUUUGAGUGAUUCGGCGUUGCAGGAGGGGUCGUCCUUGGGAGAUGAAUCAUUUGAUUCUUCGAUGUCUUUUGGAAAAUUGGAAGGUAAACCGCGCUAUUCCGGUAGACCUAUCGGAAAGCUGAUGGCCCGGCGCCUGAAGAAGCUCGAUAAGCAAAUCUACUCAAAAUCUGAUGCCACCUCGGACUCGUCCACAUCCAACUACGCCAACGGUCCAAAGAAACCACCAAGAACAUUUGCAUCGGCUCGAAGUCACUCUUCCAAAAUCGGAUGGGUCAAACAGUCUGGAUCAUCUACGGAAGCAAGCUCGGAAAAACCAAGUUGCCCUAAGCUCCAAGAUCUCGACUCUGACCCGGAGCUUAUCGGUUGGAAGUUUGACAAACCAAGUAAGAACGAGAAACGGGAUAAAUCGGAAAAAUCACAUAACUUCGGUUGGGUCUUACCGAAGGAACGUACUAACGAUUCUUCAAUCCCUCCCCACAUCUACAACAUGUUGCACUACUCCGAAGACGAGGAACGAAAGCAACUUAUCAAAACGUCCAAUUCAAGGGCUGCUCCGCAAGCGUCUUGCUGCCAUCGAGUGGAGUCGAAACUAGGUCCAAAGCUAGACAUUGAUACGGUUGAUUAUGCUCCGGAAACACCUCGGCGAAAGUCUUCAUCGAACCUAAAUUUUGAGAGGUUUGCCACCAACACCACGAUCAAAAGCACACCUCACAAGCGCUUGCAUUUUACGCAAAAUGGAAGAAGAGCAGAACUGUUCUUGGAAUCAGAACGAGGCGAAACGGGCCAUCGACGAAGCAGUAGCGGCCGCAGAAAUUCAGCAGAAAACGCAAAACGGACGGAACUCUUCCUCGAAUCGGAAAGGAGCGGAAAGCAACGACAUAGCGUUAAAGAACAAAGGCGUCGAACCACGGGGGAUUUUAUAGAUCACGAACGGGAAGCAGAGUCACGUCAUUUUUUAGAAGACGGCAGAAGAAGUGACCACGAACCGGAUUAUCCGGACACGUCUGAACUGUGUCGGAAGUGUAAGGAAAAAUCAGAGAAGAAAUCCUUUCGUAAGGCUGCGGUCCGAAGAACUAAAUCAUUUUUCGAAGCGUCCAAGAAGAAAAUUCACAAAAUGAGCAAAGAGAAGCAACGCUUUGAGACCCCAACAAAGUAUCAACUGGACAGAAAUCUCAACAAAGAAAACUCAAUCAAGAAACAGUUACACAAACAUCUGGGCUACACGCCGGACAACCUUCGAUGUGGAUCCUGUCCCAAAGAAUCCACUAUGGUUCGAAACAAUCUGAAACAUACGUACUCUGCCCCGGCUCGUAUUCCGGAUGAUAAGAAAACUGAUCGACCCAAAUUACCCAUUCGAACAGUACUAAAUUCGUCCGUCCCGGAGGAAUCUCUUAAUGAAAAAGAUCACAAAAAGCAGAGACCCCACGAAAUGAAAUUCCUGAAGACGCUCAAAAAUCUGCGGAUAUCGCCGAAAAAGCUGUUCAAGCCCCACGAUGACCCCAAGCGAAGUCCAUUGAAUUCUAGCUCUCCACGUCAGCAUGGUGAUUUUCAAUCGUACGACGACCUCAAUCUGGACAACGUUGCCCAAAUGGGUGACUUCCUGAAUAACGUUCGCCAAGCCGUGGAAAGCGAACGCUUGAACUCUCAUCACGUACGCAUACUCGAUCACAUCGAUGUCGCAAGGUACGCUAAACUACCAUCGCCCCCUAAUCCAAGACCUCGUCACAUUUCCACCAGUAGUGAAUUCCUGGAUCGCAGUCCCGUCGAGCGACAGUUGCUGCAAGUGGCAGCCGAUCUGCACCAGGAACCAAUCUAUCAGGAAAUUUCACCGAAAAACAAUAAAACCAUCAUCAACGAGUUUAUCAGCGGUGAGUCAAACAAGCGUUAUCUGAUGGUUAACAACAAUCCGAAUGUGAUCUACGCCACCGUUAAUAAGACGGCCAAGAACCUAAUCAAAACCAAGUCAAUCAAUAGUUUUUGCGAGGAACCUCUCCUACAGCCUCCGAUCAGUGUGAAAAAGUUGAAUGCACAGCCAAAAGCUUCGUCCCCGAUCCAACUGAACAGUUCAGCCGAAAAGCAAUCGCACAGGUCCAGUAGUAGCCGGCUGCGCCGUUCGCUGUUCAAUAGCAGUGGGGAUCGGUCCCUAUCGUCCUUGGAAGAAAGCAACGGAAUAUUGGUGCUGCCGGCAAACGAAACCGGCGAAGAUGAAUCGCUGGCGAUGAUCACAGCACUACAGGAAGUACAGGAAGAAUUGAUUGUUCCCAAAAGUGUCGGGAAUGUGAGUACCGGCAUUAGUCGGCGGAGUAGAGAAACCCACGGAAAAGAGGGGAUCGAUGAAGUUGACGAUUGUCGACCAUUUGAGAAGGACAUUCACUUGAGGAGUGAAGGAAAAUGCGAAGCGAUGUCGUCUGAGGAGCAACUUUUUAGGACGGCCCUUAUGGAUGACGAAACGAUCGGUAGCGGGAGCAUAGCUCCGCUUGGGAGCAUCGAUACCGAUGAUGAGAUCGAGUCACUUCAAAAGUACCAGGACAGAGGUUUGGACGAUUUGCUUACGACGCUGCGCGAAAACAUCACCAUCUCGGAAAUUGGAACCAUCGACACGGAAUCUGACGCGUCCGCCUUCGUAACCGGAUACGAUACAGUGGAUUUCACCUUCAAAAGUGCUUCCAGUGGAAACAAUUUGGCGGUAAAUAGUGAAAGUGAACGAGUGAAUUCGACGAUCGAGUCGGAACUGAUGAGUGCUCGGGAGUACAGUGCGUCGAAUAGUUCACCGUCGUCGGAUAAGAUGCGUUUGAAUGGAAGUGAUAUCUAUCGGAGUCUGAGGGACAGACUGCGAUCUUCGUUCCGGAAGAGUAAGCGAUUUAUCAAAAAUGAGCACCGGAAGAUUUCGAAUCUGUUUGACGAUAGGACGGGUGCUAAGCGAGAGGACGGGAAUCGAGUGGCAUUCAAUUUGGAUGAGUAUCAACGGAAGUACGAGAGCGAUACGGAUGCAGAGGAAAUGUAUCAAUCCUUGAGCAAUGCUGGUUCGUUGGGGGAACUGAACAAUCGCCUUCUGGCGGAAUUGGUCAAUCAGAUCAAGACGCAAGGUGAUUUGAAGAAGCAACUCAAGCAAGCACUGGCGGUUUGCCGCAAUACGAGGGAGUUUGAAUGUUCCUCGGAGUUGAUUGAAGCGGAGCGACUGAUGUUGCUCUCGACUUUGAAGGAAUCGGCGGCGAGGAACGAGUUGAGCAAGAUCGAUUACAACAUGAACGGAACGAUUCCGACGGACGGCAAGAAAAUCGGCGUUGUGGCUUUGAAUCAUUUCGAGUUUCCGUUGAAGGAAACUGCCUUGAAUGAUAUGCUGUUCAACUACUUUUACCUGGCGGUGUGCUCGUACAAGAACCAGGUAAAGGCAACGCUGGCGAAGGAACGCUACGAGGACCGGGUGUACUUUCGGAACGGAGAGAUCGAGUUUCACGAUCUGGAUGCGGACUACGAGAUCCGGGUCGAGGUGUACGUGCUGCGGCUGCGGAAGAAUGCCCGGAACUAUAGCUUCGAGAGCAAGUACCACUUGAACAAGGAUAACAACAGCAUGUUCGACUCCCUCCCAAAUUCCGCUAAACUACGCAACACCGCCAAGCUGCUUACCUCCCGCUCAAACUCUCCGAAGAACUUCGACUUUGACAACGAGUUUUCCCGCUUCAAAUCGCAGGGAUACAUCACGCUGACCGCGUCUCAUUUGCUCCCUUCGAGCGGCCACUCCCACACGGUGGCUAACGCUCAACUGCUGGAAAGCUGCCACCAAUCGGCAUACUACUCGGCCUCGAGCAAUUUCCAACAGUUGGUACGGAAGCAGGGUGACCACAAUGUUUACCUGGUGGAAGAUUUCAAAUAUAUGCAGCUGGAUUCGACGGUGUACAACUCGAAUCUGCUGGGCGGUAUCGGGAUGAGCAUCAAGAGUGAGGUGCACUUUUUGAACUCGGACAUCAGCGGCUUCCUGACGGUGGGCGACAUCCGGAAAGGGAGCAUCGAUUGGAGCCGCAAGUGGUGCAAGGUGAAUGGAUUUGUGUUGGAAUUUUGGAAUUACCCACAGGAAUGUCAAGAAAAGCUCCCCACUCUCCAAAUCGAUCUGACCAAGUGCAUCAGCGAGCAAGUGAAACUGGCAGAACGGGAGAUCUGCUCGCGACCACGCACACUGCACGUACAAGUGUUUGCCAAGGGAAUCACCAGCUGUAGUAGCAGUGGCAUCAGCAGCUACAAGGACUCUGAUUCGAAUCAGAACUCCGACCAACAGUCACAGCAACAUCAGCAACAUUCACCCGAGUCUCCCUCGCAAUCUCAACAAUCGGAACACAUUAAAAACUAUCUUCUCUCGGUGGACACCCCGAGCGAGCUCAAAAUGUGGCUCAACGAGCUAAAUCGCGUUGUUAAGUUUUUGAAGGAAUGGAAAAUCUAGGUCGAUAAGUUUUACCACGGAUUCGAUACAUGUGUGCAAUAAUAUUUUGUUACGAUUGGUAGCCCUAUUAUUCCUCUGUCGAGGGAGGAACCCUUAGUCUUAGGAGAAUUAGUUAAAAACAGCACUGAGAGUAGGAGAAUAAAAUCUCAAAGAAGUUGUUUAAUAGAAGUGCCUUCAUCCUAACAAAAGAUUUCAACUUUAACUUUUAGACAUCGGGCGAAGCAAUCUUCGCAAUAGUUAGGUAGAUUUUAGAUUAUUUAGUCAUCGCACUACAUUCCACAACACAGCCACAAUCACAACGCAUUAUCACUCAUCUAUCAUUCCAGCAGGAAACAAAAUUGUAAAAUAGGAAAGACUUGAACCGAACGAAUAAUAGCAGCUUGAUAGCACUGAAUAGAUCUUGUUAGCAAUAAGUUUGAACUGAAUCGCUAUGAAUUUCACGAAGCAAGCAUAGAGAAAGACUUGAAAAGAUCACUCCCAAAUCCCAACUCAAUCGAAAUGAUCUCAAUUGGAGGAUAAAUUCUCAUACCACACUCAAAGGGUAGGCUUCUAUAUUAAUAAUAUAUUGGGUACCAAUUUACAAUGUGAGAACGCAAUUUAUGCGCAAAUUUUUGGGAAACUACUUACUAGCACUUUCGGUCAAUGAGGCUAGAAAUAAGAUAGGAGGAUGCGCCUUUUCUAGGUUGUAUGCAAAAUUAGGGAAAAUAAUCAAAAUAAAUGUCUGGAAUCUAAUCGUUUGAAGUUUGGAAAUAAAUGUGAAAAUUGUUUAUGUUAUAUAAACAAUACGUUUUGCUUCAUUGCCGAAAUCCCA